AUGGGCGACGGCUGCUGGAAUGUGCUCAAAGUCAUCUACCUUGAGAAGUCCAUUUCCUCCACUGCCAUCCAGUGGGCGUUGGCAAGGGUGCGUGGACAUCAUGUGCACUGGCACAGACUGGAGGACAAGUCGUCGAACACCCUGCUCAAAUCAUCAUCAAACCUGUGGUCACCUGAGAAUGACGAGCUUGCAGAGGGCAUUCGUUACAUCAACUCCUUCGCUCCCGACUGCGACGCUCGCAAUGAACAGACCUACUGGAUCUUGACGAACAUCAAGCCUGACUCCGGCACCCCCCUGGCAGGCUGGCCAGAAAUCAACGUCAGGAACAUGUGCCAAAAUAAGUCUCGUGGUGUUUCCGGGCCCGUUCCCAAGAAUGAGUUCCCACUUACGACUGCAAGCCUCAGCGUCGCCUUCGCGGAGAACAUUCUGCCGCUGGUGUACCCCCUCCUCUUGAGCGCGCCAGCAUCAGGAGUCGGAAAGACGCCUGCCAUCAUCACCAUGGCCAUGGCUAUCGGCCGCUAUCAUGUCCGACGCCUGGGUCUACACGGCGUAAAGCCUGGCUGGAGACGAGGGAAAUCUCUUGACAACUUUAGGCAGAGAUCACCACAGAUCCAGGAAGCACUCUUCCUGGACGACCCUUCAGGGCGACGUCUGGACAUGGCCGACCUGAAGUCUUUUGUCACAACGGAUGAGGACGGCACGGUCAGUGGCCGCUACAACGAUGGCCGCCUGACACGCAAUCAGUUCCGGGCUCUUGCGUCCAACGAUACAGGUGAUGAGCCUCCAGGCGUUCUACCGUCAGAAGGACAUACUUGCAGUUCUCAAAAGAUGUACUACAUUCGUCGUCUGCCCUCCGAACGCCCCGAUGCCAUAGUCCAUCGAAUCACCAAGGGCGACAUCCACAAGGAUAUGCUGGCCGAGAAAGAUAAGCACCUCUACAACACUUACAAGAAUGGCUUGACGGUCUAUGGGGCCAGUCAUGCAGCUGAGAUCGAGCAAGAACAGGCCAUGAUUGAUGAGCGUGCAGAAUACUUGGCUGGAUUCCCCAACGUCAAGAAUUACGUCCAGGAUUGCAACAACGCCCUGCAGACAUGGCUUCGACCUGUUCGUGUUCUUCCAAACUCGCCCGAUUCGCCUCAGCAGAAUGGGGAAGAAGCAGCAGGUGACCUUCGCCUCUCACUGUACAUUGGCAGUGGACCUAAAGCCAAUCGGGUGGACCGCGCCUCGUUCGUCAUUCCAGAGACUCUCGUGCCAGAAAUCGAGCCGGACGAGGAGGUGCUUGGCGUGGUCAUGAGAAAGCAGAUCACCAAGAAGAAGCCAUCUUGCCUCUUUCCGUUCGCGAAGAAGGGCAAAACCCGCUUUCUCUUGAAGGACAACUUGACGAAAACGCCGACAAGUAACAAGGUCCAAACGAAAAAAUGGCGAAAGACGCCUUACGUCAAGAACCCCAUCAAGAUCCGUGUUGACCGCUUGAGAUGGAAGAGGAACUUGAAAGACUUCAUCGGUGUCGACGAGGAUGCGACGGUCAAGCUCCUCACCGAAGACGGCCUGCUGCCGGACUGGACUCGCAUGAAGUGUCCUUUCUGCAACCUGGGGGCUGUCUCAGGCCUUCAGUCCAGGGGACGGUUGACUCCACGACACCGCUGCAGACGCAAAGCCUGCCAGAAGUUCAUCCUUCCCCAACAUCUGCAUCCCAUCUUCACAUCAAACAUGCACAAGGCACUCGAGAGCAUGGAGAAGAAGCUAGCCACUACAAGGAAGUGUGUCAUAGAUGCAGAGCAAGCCCGCAUGGUGCUCGGGAACGGCAAGAGCACGAAGUGGACGGAGGUAGAAGCCGUCUUCGACAAGUGCUUGAUCGCGGCAGAGGAUGCUCACAACCCCAACAAAACCAUGAAGUGGGAGCAGUGGUUGGGCAUGGUGCCCCGCCCAGGAGCCGUGCGCAAGGAGGAUUGGGCCAAGAUCGCCAGCAAGUGGCUUAAAGAUCGCUCGAUCAUCUUGCACACUGACAGUGCUCGGAGCUAUCGGACUAAGAUCCGUGGGGUACUCCAUGAUGCUGUUGUUCACCAGAAGAAGAAUCUGCUCCGUGGAGGAAAAAAGGUUUGGAAACCCCCCACCUUCGUUCGCUUAGCAAAACACAAGCUCCCCAACGGGCGCAAGAUCACCGUCAAGGCUGGCACACAGGUGAUUGACCGGGCCUGGCGCUUCCUGAAAGAGCGAGUAAAGAUCAAUCAAAACACCAAGACCGGAUCCCACCAGCUAACCGCGAAGAUCAGGGCUGCCCAAUAUGAGUAUUGGCAGCGGGGUAUAUAA